UCAAAUUAUGACCAAGGCAGAAAAGUUCGAUAGAGAAAAAAAUAGUAAUAAUAUUGUUAAAAAUUAUUUUAGAAUUACGUAGAAAUAUAUAUGCAGGUUGUUAUUUAAAGCUUCGAAAGAAACGUUUAUUUAUUAUUUGUUCAGUUGCCCGAUAAUGCAUGUACGGUGAAGUAACUUUAGUUAGGUAGAGUGUUCAUAGCACUUCCGUGAAGACAAGCUUCGGAUCGCAUCGGAUGGAAUAAUGAACGGCGCGAUGGCAAUGGCACCGGCAUCCCAGAACAAUGCAGAACCACCAAACAAGAAAGCUAGAGUUGAAGAUGUUACAGCGGAGAGACAGUACAGAAUCUGUGGCCUACGACUGAGCUGUGAUCAUGAGCGUGCGCCAAACAAAGAAAGAGAACGCUACAUUCGUUGAACAGAACAAAUCAGAGUUUUGCAAACUCCACUGACACAGCAUCUAUUGUCGAGUACCAAAUAUGAUGCGUAUUUUAGAUAGAUUUGUGCGUCGCCUCAAUCUCGGAUAGUUUGCGCACAACCAUCAUUGCUCAGCCCAGAACACGGAAAUGCAUCAGAGUUCUUGCCAGGCCCUAUAUAUGAUCUUAAUCAAAUCGGACAAGUUGUCGCGGGACCUGGAGCUAAGUAUCUUACACUACCUGGCAUUCUAGGUGCUGGUCUUCCAAAAAUUACAUCUGAACAACAGGAUACAGUAAAUAGAGCAAAGAAAUAUGCGAUGGAACAAAGCAUCAAAAUGGUUUUAAUGAAACAAACACUCGCGCAUCAACAACAGCAAAUGGCUAGUCAACGGAAUCAGGUGCAGAGACAGCAGGCUCUCGCCCUCAUGUGCAGGGUAUAUGUGGGCAGCAUCAGUUUCGAAUUGAAAGAGGACACGAUUAGGCAAGCGUUCUUGCCUUUUGGUCCUAUAAAAUCGAUCAACAUGUCAUGGGACCCCGUUACCCAGAAGCACAAAGGAUUCGCAUUCGUCGAAUACGAGAUACCAGAAGCAGCGCAGCUUGCUUUGGAACAGAUGAAUGGUGUCAUGAUUGGUGGACGUAACAUCAAGGUAGCGGGACGUACCUAUAUAACGAAUUUCCUGUCCCCCAGCAAUCCUAUCAUCCCGCCGGAGGUUGUAGGACGACCGUCGAACAUGCCACAGGCUCAGUCUGUCAUAGAUGAGAUUACCGAGGAGAGUAAACAUUAUAAUCGCAUUUACAUCGCAUCUAUUCACCAAGACUUGACCGAGGACGAUAUUAAAUCGGUAUUCGAAGCUUUCGGUCCUAUUACCUAUUGCAAAUUGGCACAAGGCAGUUCACCCCACCGCCACAAAGGAUACGGUUUUAUCGAGUACGAAACGAUGCAGGCUGCUUUGGAAGCUAUCGCGUCGAUGAAUUUGUUCGAUCUGGGUGGACAGUAUUUGCGAGUGGGUAGAGCUAUCACUCCGCCAAACGCUCUUAUGGGUCCCCCGAGUGGAACCAGUAUGAUGCCGACUGCGGCGGCAGUGGCAGCCGCUGCUGCGACUGCCAAGAUUCAAGCGAUGGAUGCUGUGGCCAGCAACGCGGUGGCUCUGGGAUUGACCAAACUCGGAGCUGCGGCUCCCCCCAUUCUUAAUCAAGCUUUGCCAGGUAUAGUGAGACCUACUCUUGCUCCUGCGACAAUGAUGGCACCACCGACUAUAGCGACAGUAGCACCGGUCAUUCCUCCGCCUGGUAUAGCUAUACCGCAGGCUUUAACUAGACCACCAGCAAUUAUUCAACCCAUACCCGGGCAACCGGUUGUCAUACCACCUCCAGCUGUCGUUGCGCCGACAAUAGUGGGCACUCCGGUUAUACCAGUCACAACUACAACAAAUUCCGAUAUUAUGAGGCGGGCGCAGGAACAAGCGGCUCAUCAGAAACAACAGGAAGAACUACAAAAGAAGUUACUGGAAGAAACGGAACCGCAGACGUUGCAACAACAAGAAAACAUGUCGAUUAAAGGACAAAGUGCCCGUCAUCUUGUUAUGCAGAAGCUUAUGCGCAAAGUUGAGUCCCGAGUUGUAAUUUUGAGAAAUAUGGUAGCACCGGAAGACGUAGAUGAAAGUUUACAGGAAGAAAUUCAGGACGAGUGUUCGAAAUUUGGAGUUGUAGAAAGAGUUAUUAUUUAUAAUGAACGACAGUCCGAAGAUGACGAGGAUGCAGAAGUUAUUGUGAAAAUUUUCGUUGAAUUCUCUCAAAUGAGUGAAGCGGAACGUGCAAGGGAUUCUUUGAACGGUCGUUAUUUUGGUGGUCGAUUAGUAAAGGGAGAGUUAUAUGAUCAAGCUUUAUUUGACAAUAGCGAUUUUUCAGGUUGAUCAUAAAGUUUAUUUUUCGCGCAUUCAGAUGUUCUCGUUUCUUUCAAUUGAAAGAAUUUAUAUCCGCUGUUGACUGAUGUUUCGUACUUCUGUUCGCCUGAAGUACUACAUAUUUCUUACAGACUUCUAACAUUACUGUCUGUUUUAUUUUUUUUGUUUUUUUAUUAAAUAAACCGAGGUUUAGAUUUUAA